AUGUCGUCGUUGAUCAAUCGAAGUGGAAGAAGUAGAAAGAAAAGUGAGAGGAUAUUACUAAAAACGGCAUUCAGCAAAUUCACUAAUGAAGAAUCCAAUCCAUUGCUUAUUGAUAUUGAAGAUGCAGACAAUGAAGGAAACGAACUAGUACAACCUCAGAUUAGAAGAGAAGGACAGAAGAAGUUUUCAACACCUAAGAAGAAAACUAAAAAUCAAACUAUUGGUGUGGGGGAACGUGUUAAUCGCACACCAGCUCAUUCAAUGCGAAUGGAUCUUAAAGUUGUAGUUUUGAGCUCAGAUUCAAAAAAAAACAGGAAACCCAAAGUCAAUGUGAAGAAGGUUGAUGGAGGAAAUUCAAGGUUCUCUAAAGCUAAAAAAAAUAUACAGAAAAAAAAAGGUUUCAUUGAAAGUUAUGACUUGACAGAAGACAGUGGAUUAAAUAGGGAAAAUGAAUUGAGAACAAAAAGACGUUUUGAUAGAUGUAAAACAAAAGGUGAUGAAGUUGUUGUUAUAAACUCAUUUUCAGAUGAAGACUCUGAUUUUGAGGCAGACAUAACCGUGGUAACAAGGAAAAAGAGAAGGCAUCAUACUUCAUUCAAAGAUGAUGACAAAGAAAAUGUGAAGAAAUUUAAAAGACAAAGGAAUAAAGAAGGAAAUGUGUUGAAGCCAAGAAAACAUCCUAAAGUUGUAGCAAGUGGUGCAGAAGAAGCUAAGCGAAUACAAGUACGGACAUCUCCAAAUGUUUUGUACAGUUGUAUGCAUAACCUUAGCAAGGAACAGGAAGCUUAUAUUUCUUCUAUUGGUCUGGGGCAUUUGUUGAAGAUGAAAGUGGAUGGGUGUGCAUCAAUUAUGGGGCAUUAUAUUGUAAGGAAUUUUAACGCAGAUAGGAUGGUACUCAAACUUCAUCAUGGAGAGAUACCAAUCAAUCGGCAAGUUAUUCACGAAAUGUUGGGUCUGCCUCUGGGACAUGUUACAAUAAAGUCUAUGCCUUAUAGAGAAGUCACAGAUGACACGAUAACUGUUUGGAGAAAACAAUUCGAAGAUGAAGAUAAUAUUAGACCAAGGGCAGUUCAACAAGUUAUUAUGCAGUCAACACGUGCGGAUUUAAUGUUUAAAGUAAACAUCUUUGUCCUGUUGUGUAAUACACUAGGUCAGUCGAUGAGCAUGGGCACGUGUGACCUGUCGAUGUUAUCAAAAGUGACUAAAGAUCUGGAUCUAAGUGACAUUGAUUGGUGUGGAUAUGUUUUUGAUUGCCUUAAGGAGACAAAAAGUGCGUGGAAUCCAAACAGCAAAAAAGGAUUCUAUGUUGGGCCAAUUAUAUUACUGCUGUUGCUAUACGUAGAAAGUGUUCGAUGCGAUUCAGUGAAGAUUGUACGAUGCAGACCAGCAAUAUGUUGUUGGAGUGUUGAUAAACUACGUGAGCGAGAAAGAGUAGAGUGUAGGACAAUUGGUCUGGGUAUGGGUGAAUUGCAAGAUCCAUUUCAAUUCAUCAAUGAAGCAUCGGGAACUGGUAAUGUAGGGCAAGAAAAAGUUCAGGGAAAUGAUGCAGGAGAUGUAAGGUGUAAGGGAAAUCAUGGAGAUGAUAUUUUUAGUGGAAGUGGGGAAACUGUUGAGACAACUGUUUCAACAAUAAAGGAGAUGUACGACAUGAUAUUGCAGCAAAAGAAAGUGUUGGAAGAAAAAAUAAAUGAUGCUGUCAAGAAAUAUCCUGAUAAUCAGUUGGUCAAAGAAUGGAAAAACAAAGUAAAUGAUUUGUUUACUGAAGUUUCUGCAUCAGAGGAACCAGAACAAUCUCAAUGGUGGUAUGAUAACGAGGCUGAAAUUGAACGUACGCUGAUUCUAGCUACAACUAACAAACAGUUUGACAACUCCGCGUUAGCAAAAUGUAGUAUUCAAAUGUCACAGGAAUAUGCAGAUUUCGCGAAUAGAUCUGGAACAAAAUCUUUUAAGAAUACACCACCAUCUAAAAUGGAAAUGCCAAUUCCUUUGUCUGUAGUACCAUUCAACAAAGAUGAACAUUGGGUUAGUAGAAGAGGGUACAGGCCUCGCAUGAAAUCCGAAUAUCUGAAAUCUCCUUACGUUAUACGGGCUGUUGAUAUCAUCAAAGGAGUUCCACGGCAGGAAAAACGUGUAGCAGAAUGGAUAUUCUCUCUCCAGGGAGAUCCAAAUGAUAUAGUUUUCCACACUCUGGAUGGGUUUUCUGCACAGAGGUUUCAUAUGGAAAGUUUUUUUCCAACAUGUGAACUAUUUGGCCAUGUCAUUGAUUGUUGGAGUCAAGUGUUGAAUCUUGAUGAAAGUAAGCGUGCACCUGAAUCGCCCCUGAGAGUUUAUUGCAAGACAGAUGUGACGAAUUCGUAUCUAGAAAGUGGUUUAACAGAAAGUCAACGUAAAGAUAAAUUCAUUGAGAAUUUGGUGCUUUCUAUUGAAGAUAUGGACGCAAGCCUACGUUUUGUUGGACUGCUUUUCCUACCAAUCAUCCGUUCCUUCCACAUUUUCCUUUUUGUGAUCAAUCUACAACAACCAGAGUUUGUAAUCGUUGACAACAGCAAAGUUGAUGAUCCUGAUGGUGAGAGAUAUGGUCAGUUGCCCCAAAUCAUUAAAGAGUACAUAGUUGAUUACUUAAAAUCUCAGAAUCAUCCAAAAGCUGAGAUGUUUUCACAUGUGAUGCCACAUAGACUGGAAAUGCCUUGGAGAACAAUAAACAACAGCAUUGAUUGUGGUGUGUUUACGAUGCGUCACAUGGAAACAUAUAUGGGGGGAAGUAUGAAUGAGUUUAAAGCUGGAUUCAAGAACGAGUCUUCUGCACAAGAUGAUCAACUUGUUAAACUGAGGACAAAGUAUUUAUACAAAAUACUCACUCAUGAAUAUAAUGUGCAAAAGGAUUAUGUGCUGCAAAAGGUUGAUGAAUUCCACAAGAUUCCUUCAAAACAACGUUCUCAAAUGUUGGCCAUUGCAAAGGAAGAAAUUCACAGGAGAUUGGAUGUUUUAAGUUAAUUGUUUUAAGAAAGUAAUUUUAGUUAUGACUUUAAUGGUUUCUUUUGGAUGGAUUAAAAACAAUGCUUUUGUAUGCUAAGGAUGUUAACUUGGGUUGCUGUACGUACAAUACUUACUUUUGGUUUGCUAAUCUUAGUAAUGGACUAGUG